AUGUUUAUUUCAUAUUCUUAUCAAGAGGCAAGAUAAAUAUUAAGCUAAAACUUAGAAAAAGGUAGAGCAAAAUUAAGCCCUGAAGAAAAACUAAAAUGUGAUAUUGCUUAGGCUUUCAUUUAUGAAUAAGAUCAAAAACGAUUAUAGGCUGCGUCCAUCUACUAUACUCUAAGUUAAAAGAACCCAGCUUAUUUGGAAAGAGCCAUCAUUAAUGGAUUGGCAGCCCCAGCCUCUGCAAAGAGACAAGCACUUCUUCUGACCAUCUACAGAGACAGUAGAAGUUAAAAGUCAAAAUGGCUUCCAUUUAUAAAAUCAAAGUAUUUUGAUUUCCUUUAUCACUCUAGUGUACAGCAAGAUUUAUUGAAAUGGACUGAUAUUGAAACCUUUGCCAGAGAAACCAAGACAAAUCCUAAUUUAUUUUGUGAGCAUAUCAUCACAGCUGUUGGGAGAUUCUACAGUAACAUCUCCAUAUAGAAAUUGGCCCAAUUUUGUAAACUGAAGGAGGAACAAGCUUAUGAACUUUUAGAGAACAUGAUAAUCACUGAGAGAUUACAAGCAUAAAUAGAUUAAUAAUAAGGAUACAUCUACUUUUAACAUACCGAAUAAUGUACCAUAGAGGAAUUCUGUACAAACUUAUAUAGUCUAUGCUAAUGA